UCCAAAAAAACACAAAUCAAAUAAAUAAAAUUCUCCUCUCUCUCUCUCUCUCUCUCUCUCUCUCUAGAAUCCAUGGCGACUGAGGCUUUGGUGACAGAUCAAACAGCUGAAGGGCAUCGUGAGGAGGUGAAAGAUGCAACUAGAGUCAAACCAGAAGCUGCAGUUGUGUCAGAAGAAAAGCAAGAAGCAGCAGAAGGUGCUAAAUCGGGAGCACUAGCUGAUAGUUUCAUACGGAAAGAGGGAACCUCUAAACCAGAAGCUGAAACUAACCCCUCUGCUGCAUUGGAACUCAAGGAUCGAGCUGAUGUGACUGAUAUACCUGAAUCUCCGAAACAAUCAAAUAAUGAUUCGGGGGCAACAUUAGUGCAAGCAUCAGAAUCUGAAGCAGCCAAAGUGUCCGUAGAAUCAUCAAAUGAAGCGAGUGCUGCUGCUACUACAGAACCAGCAAUCGAAGAAGUGAAUGCUAGUGCUGCUGAAGAACUUCCUCAGGUUUCUUCGGUAUCUGUGGCAGACAAAGAAGCGGAAGGAACAAUUGUAUCUCCUGUCACAGAGAAGCCCAAGUCUCUAGAAGACGAGAAUGCUGUUGUUACCGAACCUUCUCCAGCUAAGGAGCUCAAAGGAGAAGAGGAAGGAGCUGCUGUUACUGAAGAUGUUGACGAAAAGAAGGAUGCAAGUUUAGGAGGAGAUAAGACCGCUUUGGUUGAAGAAGGUAAAGACGACAUCAACACAGAAAGUGGGAAGGCUGAAAAAGGGAAUGAGGAAACUCUAACCGAGACAGCAAAAGGUACUGGUGAAGCUCCUAGAAUUGCAGGUUCUGCCAAGUGCUCUCAUUGCCAAUCGAAUAACAUAUUUUCGAAGGUGAAGCAUUCGAUUGUGAAGGUAAAGAAGGCAAUCAUAGGGAAGUCACCGAGUUCAAAGGCAAUGUCUGCAGAAGGUAAACAUGAAAUAAAAGCGAAGUAGGUUAUAUGCCUUUUAUAUGCGUGUGCGUGUAGAAGAUAAAAGUUCGACAUAGAGAAGGCUUUCUCAUGCAGUACGAGGUGCCUCAUGAGCAAAGGUUUGGGUAUUUGUUUUAUAGUUUUGAAGCAUGUAUAUAGUCAUCGUUCUCUUUCCUAUAUUGUCGUUUGGAUUUGUAUUAUAGUUUGAUUGUUUGUAGAUAUAUAUUGGUGUUUUUCGAAUGUUUUGACGGGUCGUGUUAUGCUUUUAAACAUAUAUAGCUGUAUUUUUUCAAUUAUAUGAUAUGAUGUUGUACUUGCGUUCA